CUGUAAUAGUGUAUUACUUCCUAAGCUAAAGUUAGAGACUUGCGUUUUUAUAGUACGGUGACGGUAGGUCCUAUGUAAUGCGACUUGAAAAUCUUGAAAACUGGACAUUUUGUGUGUGAUUGAUUGUUAUAUUUUGAAUUGAGCCACUAUGUCUACAUCUCGACGAUCUCAAUACAAAAAUGCUGGUCUUGAUGCUCAAGAGCUAAGGCGUAGACGGGAAGAAGAAGGAGUGCAACUUAGAAAACAGAAACGUGAACAUGAGCUUUAUAAAAGAAGGAACUUGGACACCUCCUCACCACUGCAAGAUUCAGAAGUCUCUAGUUCACCAAUGCAGGAUGGACAAGAUUCAAUAUCACUUUUGAUUACACCUGAAGUGGUAGCUGCCAUUUAUAGUAAUGACACAGAACAACAGCUUAAUGCUACUCAGAAAUUUAGGAAACUUCUUUCUAGAGAACCUAAUCCACCAAUUGAUGAGGUAAUUCACACUGGAAUCAUAUCAAAAUUUGUGGAGUUUCUUCAAAGAAGUGAUAAUUAUAUGUUGCAGUUUGAAGCAGCAUGGGUUUUGACUAAUGUGGCAUCUGGUACUUCACAACAAACAAGAGUAGUUAUUGAAGCUGGUGCUGUUCCUGUUUUUGUUCACCUUCUGUCAUCAGACUAUGAAGAUGUUCAAGAACAGGCAGUAUGGGCCUUAGGUAACAUAGCUGGUGACAGCCCUGAAUUUAGAGAUUAUGUUCUCGGCCAAGGAAUACUAUCUCCUCUGUUAGAACUUAUAAAUAAAUCAAAAAGAAUAUCCAUGACAAGAAAUGCAGUUUGGGCUCUUUCUAACCUAUGUCGUGGUAAAAACCCUCCUCCAAAGUUUGAAGAAGUUACACCUUGUCUACCUGUUCUGGCACACUUGCUGUUUCACAGUGAUUCAAGUGUACUUGGUGAUGCCUGCUGGGCCUUGUCAUACCUUUCUGAUGGUCCCAAUGAAAAGAUACAAGCAGUUAUUGAUGCUGGAGUUUGUAGAAGACUUGUAGAAUUGCUAAUGUAUUCUAACAAUAUUGUUGUGUCAGCUGCUCUGAGAGCUGUAGGAAAUAUAGUGACAGGAGAUGACAUCCAGACUCAGUUAAUGUUAAACUGUAAUGUGCUCCCCUGUCUUCUUCACUUACUUUCAUCAGCUAAAGAGUCUAUUCGGAAAGAGGCAUGUUGGACGAUAUCAAAUAUCACAGCAGGAAAUAGACAACAGAUACAGGCAGUGAUUGACACUAAUAUAUUUCCUGCUAUAAUUGAUAUCUUGGGAAAAGCUGAAUUUAAAACUCGUAAAGAAGCUGCUUGGGCUAUAACAAAUGCUACGUCUGGUGGUUCUCCAGAACAAAUCAGAUAUCUCAUCCAAGAAGGAUGUAUCCCUCCAUUGUGUGAAUUACUGACAGUGAUGGAUCCCAAAAUUGUGCAGGUUGCGCUAAAUGGAUUAGAAAAUAUUCUAAAGUUAGGAGAGCUGGAUGCUAAGGAUCAUGGAGGAGUCAAUCCAUAUGCUGUAAUGAUUGAGGGAUGUUAUGGACUUGAUAAGAUUGAGUUUCUUCAAUCUCACGAAAAUAUGGAAAUCUACCAGACAGCUUUUGAUAUAAUUGAACGGUACUUUGGAACAGAAGAAGAAGAUUCUCAUCUUGUGCCCACUGUGAGUGAAGAAACUCAGCAGUUUCAGUUUGAUACCCCUGACAACAAUGUCCCUGUUGGAGGAUACAACUUCUAGCAGAAGUAUUGGUCACUUUAGAAUAAAAUAAAAACUUCUCUUCUAAAAUGUAACUCAAUUCAAUUUUAGUGUAUGUCUGCAUAGUUUCUGCUGAACAUCUAAUGAGUAACAAGACAUUCAACUUACACGAGUUUUUGCUGCAACGUAGUCCCGAUUGAAGAGGCUAAGGCAUGGAAAGAAGAUAAUUUCCUACAAACAUUGUUCUUACUUUUUAUUGUUAGUAAUAUUAUGUUUUGAAGUGAUCACAGCUGGAAUGUUUAAUAACAUAUUCACAGUUGAUGUUCAUUAUCUUCUCUGUAGUUACGGCUUUUGUUGUUAGUUACAUAACAUCCAGUUUAGUUGUUGAAGUAGGAAUUAAUGAUAGUUAUAAAUAUGCCUGAUUUUUUUGUAAACUAUAUUUAAUUGUUACCCCAGUGUUUUAUGAAAUAUAAAACAAAACUUCAUAAAAAUAUUAACUAUUGUCCAUUUAUUAUCUGUGCAUAAUAUAUAGUUACUAUGUGUUUGUCAAAGCUUGAUGGCUGUUCAGUAGUAUAAAAAUAACAAUAAUUUGAUGUUAUAGAUGUUUUUAUUAAGUUUAGAUGCUUUUUGAAUCAGCACAAUACAAAAGGAACUUAAUGUUUUUAUAAUAGUGAUGGAGACUAUACUUCUAUUUGCACAUGAGCAUAUUUUCUCAGCCAAAUUAAUUGGAUUCCUGAAAGAUGAAUAUUAUGUUUUAAAUCUGUAAUGAGGGAUUUGAAGACAUUGAAAGAGGCAGUACAGCAUUUGUUUACAACACAGUUUGCAUGUUUUAUAUUUUGAAAAAACUUGACUAUGAUAUUUUCAUUAUGCUGCUUUUUGUAUGUGACAGGACUCAUGCUUGUUGAAUAAGUAAGUCUUAUCAAAGGUUGUGUUUUGAUUACCAGCAAUACAAACAUCUUCACAGGUAGUUCUUAACAUAUAUGUUUUUCACUUUUAUGCAACUACCAAAUUUAUGGUUGAUAUCUGCACACCUUGAAUUUGGUACAUGAAUUUGGCAUCAUUAUAAUUAUAACCAUGAUGUGUAAUUAACUUUUCACUGAAAUUGAGAUUAACAAUUCAUACAAUGUACAGCCUAGAAUAUGAUUACAUGAUAAGAACCAAUCAUAUUAUUUUACAUGAACAAAUUGGAAAUUUAGUAUGAAUUUUUUCUUGUAUAAAAAAAUUAAAAAUAAUUAAUGUUGGCCAUUGAGUUUACAUGUUUCCACAUAACUACUUGAAAACCUUUGAUAUGGUUAUUAGUCAUAUGAUAAUUAUAGGAGUGAAGGAACAAUGAUAACCACUUUUAUAGUAAUGAGAAAUUUUAAUGGCCUAUUAGAAUUUCUAAAAUAUUGUAUACAUUAAACUUUUGUACUUGAGCCAUUUACUGAUAUGAGAUAGGUAAACGUUUGAACUUAGACAAAACCAGAUUACUGACACACUUUUUGGGAAGUUUUCUGCAGUAUUAAAAAAAAAGAGAGAGAGAGACUUAGCUUAUUUUAGAAAUUCUUUCAACAGUUCAUUUCAUUUUUAUCAUAUUUGCAAACUACAACACUACUAAUCUAUUUGUAAGCAGUUUGUUUCUGGAAAAAAUUUGCUUUGAUCUUACAAAAUAAGCUACUGCUUCUCCUAACAUAGUCUGUCAUCAUUUUAAUUAUGAUUUGUUAGAUAAUAAAAUAUUUAUACAGUGAUAAUAGUAACUACCUGCAAUGUGCUAUUUCUAAUUGUAUAUAAUAAAAAGGAAAGUUUAAUAAAGUGCUCAAUUGGACAGUAGUUUCUGGAAACAAGUUUCUGUAAAAAUUGUUAAUGUAAAAAAAUUCAAUUAUCUUAAAGUAAUGAAUAAUUUAUUGCCAAAUAAAAAAUGCCAUACAGUCUAGUAAAACUGCUAGACUUUUAAUAUUAUGUAUCAUGUAUUACUAUACAAUAUUUUAAGUUAUUUUUCAAUCCUACUUUAAUGAAGUGCUAAUGUUUAUAAGUAUUUUAGUUUUCAUUAAUAAAGAAUUAAUUUUUGGUGUGCUCUCUUUUUUUUAAAUGUUUGUUUGCCAACAAUAUUUGUAAUAUCCACACAUACACACACACAUUUUUUUUUUCUCCAAAAAUGUACUUACUGCUUAUUGUAUAAUGGGCAUUUUUAUAGUAAAACAAAAAUAUUUUCCCUUCAGCUUAGAUUAUUAAAUUGAAAAAACUGUAGAGCAGCAAUGUUGAAGUUUUUAUUAAGAUCAAUUACUUCUAAAGAUUAAGGAACAAAAUUAACAGUGUGGUUUCUCACGUGAAAACCAUAAUAAUCAGUACAAAUUAGGUGUAUAAAAAAACAAAAAUAAAUGCUAGCUUAAGUAGAUUAGAGUGUUUUAAAGAAAAAAAUUAUUAUUACAAAGACUUGAGGAAAAAAUUAAUUGGGAAUACUAGAUUUAAAUAACAGAUUAGUUUUAUAAAUCUAGACACAUGUUUUUGAUGGUAUUGUCAUUCUUAACAAAGAUAUCAAUUUGUAAAGAAUGAUAUUAAAGAGAAUACUAUCUUCUUGUAAAUCUUUAGUAUUCAUGUUGUUUGUACUUUUUCUUUGGUCCUAACUAUGUAAGAGUUAUGAGAAAUUAUUAAAUUUGUAUUUUUUUAUUUUGAUUCAAUAAAUUAUUUAAGUUGCUCACAUUUUAUAGUCUGUAAAAUCUUUUUUUUUUACAUGUUAAUACAAUCCUUAUUCUGUAAUACUUAAAAUGAUAAUUUUUUUUCUAUCUUUUUGUAUAAUAAUUUAGCACGGCAAUUCAUUUUUGAUCACAUUUUAUAUUUUAAAAGUAAAAAAUACAUUAUCUUCCAAGUUAUAUGCGACAUGUUCAUCACAUUGCACAGGAUAUUAUAUGUAGUUUAUUUUAACUUUCCAAAAUAAAAAUGCUUUAUAAUAUCUUUUGUUGCAUAUUCUAAGUUUUUAUUUUAAUUUGUUUAGUUGAAUGAGAUUAUUUUCACUAACAUUACUACAUUUUAGUUCUUUCAGUAAUGUUCCUGUACUACAUCAACUAGCAUAAAGUUUUAUGAAAACAGUUAUAGUAAAGAUUUUUUCUCCUCCUAUAAUCUAAAGUCUUAAAUGUGAAAUUGUGUACCAGGCAAAUAAUUAUUUAAAAAAUUGGAUUAUAUGUUGUGAAUAUGUUAAAAUAUAUAUUAACUUAAUUUAUAGGCUGUGAAUACCCUUUUUUGAAUUUGAACUUGAUGAAAUUGAUAUUGUUACUAAAAUACAAUCAUAAUAUGAGAAAAAUAUUGUUUUCCAAACUUCAAAUGAGGUGCCUUUUCUUUCCAAAAAGUGACCAUUCUUGUAUUCUCAGUCCUGCAAACUUGUAGCCUACCAUUUCAGUGUUCUACUGUGAUUGUAUUUAUUUGUUUCCAAAAAGAAAAGUUAGCCAGACAAAUAAUAAAAUUGUAAAAUUACA